UUUAUGUAUAACAUAACGUGUAUUUUUAAGAAAAACAACAUGUGGUUUACAUGGUUGUACCAAAAUAGUAUAAACUAAAUUUUUGCACUAAUGCGAAAAAACUGCAUGCAUUUCUAUCUAUGUUCAAAUUAAACAUUUAAUUUCACAUCACAUAUUAUAUGGUACGUUAUACACACUGAUGAUUAUAUCAUUAUGAACCGCUUGCUAAAAUGAUAAAUUACAUUAUCAUUUGCCGCAUGGAAACUAGGUAGGAUUAAGAAAUUGGUAGGGAUAACUAUUUGCACACGAUGUACUGUUGGUCAACAUAACUAACAUAAUUGAUACAAAAAAUACGGCAAUUUUACAACCCUGGUGGCCUGAAGGUACCUAGUCCCACCUAAACAUUCUGACCAAUCGGACCAUUGUCUAGUCACGACGGGUCACGGCUUCACGGUCGGUCUUUAAUGUAAUUGUGCAUUGACAAUUAUAUAGGAACCUCAUAAUAUAGUCGUGUAUAAACCAGAUUGCAGUCGAAUAUGCUGCAAACGAGUUGCUGAUUGUUAUUUUAUUUCAUAUUGCCGUUUGCUGUCGGAUAUUAUACUAUACUAUUGCGAUUUUCAUAGGAAAAGAAUAAUUAUCACGGAUUUUGAAUUGUAACGUACGUUGUUAUCAUGUCUUCUUCAUCGUCAACGUCUAGCGAUUCAAGUUGUUCGUCAACGUUAUCUAGUAGUGAGCGAUUAAUGGAAAUAUGGAAGACGUGUCCCGUAGAUUUGAUCCAGGACAAUGAGGUUUUUGAAAUUAUAUUGAAAAGGGGCAUCAGGGAUGGAAUGUGUGCGCACAAUUCAUUGGCAUCUGCAUUAAGCUACUCGGACGUACCAGCCAAGUCAGUAGAAGUUGCAAAAGUAAUGAAUUUCACGAACACUGCACUUAGGUCAUCAUCAAGUGCCAUAGAGGUGGCCAAUAUGGCAACCGAUUUGGCAAUGACGUCCACUAAUUUGACCAUGUUCGAGGCAGUGGUGAACAUUGCGUUGGACGCCGCCGAUACAACAUUGGCUGCGGUCAGGAUGGCACGGAUUACAUCGCAAUUCAUCAAACAAUCGUUUAAUGGCCAAGAAUCAGACAUAUAGUUGUAGAGUUGCACAUUGUCAUUGUCUACUUUAAAAUGCUAUUACUCUAUCUGUAUACUGCAACUAUAGUUAUAUUAUACAUAUAUUUCGAGUUAAU